AUGCAUCACAUUGUCAAAACUUUCGAAGAAAAAGGAAGGUUUGAAGAUGACAGCGAAGCCGAUAUUAUUCGACAGAAACUCGAAAUGCUAGUAUCUAGCAUUCAGGUAGAAGUUGCAAAGCUCGAUGAAAGAUUUCAGGGGGAUUUGAUCAAGAGCGGAAGUGUUUACGAAGGAGUAAAAGUCCAUCAACCUGAUGAGUUUGACUUCAUGUUCAGAAUCAACUGUCUCACUAACAAAGCUCGCCUCUCUCGCUGCGAAAAUAUCCCAGGAUACGUGAGACUCGCACUGGAUGAUGAGAAAUGGAAAGAAUUUACAGAUGAACAAGGCUUCUUCAGCCCUAAUAAGCUGUGCCGCCAUUUCAAACGGCUAGUCAACGAAUCUUGGAGAACCAUAGACGUCCCCGAAGGAAUGGCCAUGCAAAAAGUAGACCAAGGCUACAUAGAUGGACCGUGGGGACCUGUGUUCAAUGGCCUAGUUGGAGGAGAAGGCCGCCCGUCUGAGAUUAUCGACAUAGAAUCACACGGCCCAGCUACGACAAUAAAAGUUAUAUGGAACGGUGGUAGCAGUUACAGUGAUUUACUUAUAAAAGUUGAUUUGACGCUAGCGCUGGAAUACGCCAUUUCAAAGCUUCCAGUAGGGUUGUCAGACCAGCUUCCACAGACUGUAGCCAGUGGGUAUCUUAAAAGGACUGGUUUUCACGUCGUUCCCGCGGGGUUUGAUGUGUGGCGCAUAUCAUUCUCCAGUGUCGAGAAAGACAUCCUGUCCGAUUCUUCAGCCGAGUUUAAAGCAUGUUACCGAGUAUUAAAGUACGUCAGGGACAGCGCCGCAAAAGACCUCAAUUUGGACCCAUCCUUAGUCCCAUCGUACAUUUUUAAGAGCGUCUUGCUAUCUCAGUUUUUUGUAGCGGGUGCGGAGUCCAAGGAUUAUUGGCUGGGAAAGGUAGAAGACACCUUAGAUGUUGUUUUGCGGGGGAUUAUGCAUGGAGAUAUCCAGAAUUUCUUCUUGUCAGGAUACAAUCUACUAUCCACGACUGACCACAAGAACAAGUUGCGACAGUUCAUCGUGGAAAAUAUGAUGAGUCUCGUGAAGGGUUUGAAGAUGACACGCACUCGAGAAGACGUUAGAGAAACGAGUAGGCAAAUCAGAUUGCUAGAAAUGGUAGAUGUGCUGGAAUUCAUGGUGUCUGAAACUCUUGGUGGAAAAGACCUCACCGCGUUCUGGAAUAAGCUGUUUGUCAACAUUGAUGAUGUUCCUACGGAAGCAUUUUAUGAAGAAAGCAACUUCACCGACCAGAUCACUGACAUGGAUAGGUUAGACCUUGAUGAAGAUAUCUAUGAAAAGCUCGUUCAAGAAUGGUCUAUGGUAAAAGAUCUUUUCGAACAACUGAUUGCUGUCCUUCCCAAAGAUCUGAAAAUUUUGGCUCGUAAAUUCUUCAUCCGAACCGGGCACAAAAGGAAGAAAUUUGAACAAGAACAUAAAGGUGCCCUUGCCAACCAAAUCAAGCAAAUAACAAAUCAUGAAGCUGCUUGCCAAUACAUAAUGGAGUACUCUGAGAAUUACUUAGACGGAAAGGGCUUUACUGCAAAGUGUUACUCAAAUCUGCUCAAAGCAAUUCCUCCUGGUUACACAUCUCCGGGAUUCCUUCAGGAUGUUGCUGACAUAACCUUGAAAGACGGAAGUGAACGAGGUCGUGUGGUAUUCAGAGAGCGCCUAUUGAAAUACAUGUCCUCGGUUCCUGAAUCGGUAUUAAUUUCUCUUCUUGCUGGCUUUAUAAGCCAGAUAUUCGUUCAUGGUCAAAAGGUGUUACGGCGCAAACUUGACUACAUCAAACUGCCGGAGUUAGAUCUAGACUGAAGGCAAAAUUCUUCACAGACAAUGUUUCUAGGAUGCAGGAUGAUUGUUGUAGUCAGAUGACAGCAUUAUGCAACUCUCGGUGGUUGCCCCUGAAAAAUUUUGUUGUGGCGUGCGGGACCUCUUCCCGAAACCCGGAGCUUGUUUCAGACCAAACUUGGCGAUUUUCCAUCUGAACCGGAAUGACGUCGUCAUGUUGCCAUGGAUACGUCGAACUAAAAAAUGACUUUUUUGGAAACUCUAAACUAUAUGCCACAAAUAGGUACAAUAUGAUUUCCUGCGUUGUUUAAAGCAUUUUAAAAUAAUAUUCGUGUUGAAAGAGGGUUUGUAUACUGAAAAACCCGGUCGAGCAACCUUAAAUGCAUUGGCCUCUGAUAAGAGAGUCGGAAUGAUAAAUAUAUUUCAUUUCCCACGUCUGACACGCACUGUUUGGUGCAUGAUUGUACAAAGUAAAGAACAUUUUCCAGUUGUUGGGUAAUCUGUUCCAACAUGUAGCGCCUCUAAAGGCAAAAGAUCGCUGUUAUAUCGUGUUAUAUCGUGUGUUUCUAUCAUGAUGAGCUAGUCUACGUGUAAAUUUUUGACUAAGAUAGUCUGGUGGUCGACCAUUUAGGUACUUAUAUAUGGACCAUUUAUCAGCAAUAGGAAGCCAUCUACGUGACUUCAGUCCCUCAGAAAUGUGAUCAUACUUCGGGAGACCAAGAACUAUCCUGUGGGCAAAGUUCUGAACUAAUUGAAAUCGGUUAAAAUUUGUUUUAGAGGUGUUGCUCCAUACGGUGGAACAAUAAAGCAAUUUACGGAAUUAGAAAACAAAAGCGUUAAUUAGUAAAAUAGUCCAGUCAAAUUGUGGUUUAGUAUCAAACUAAUUGCAACAGAAUUUUUUUCAACGCCAUUUAAUUGUUGAAUGGCUAUUUAACAAAACCGCCAAAAUCGGUUCGGUGAAACAUAUAAAGACUUUGAACUCUCACCACAGGAAGCACAAUUUCAGGAAGAUCGCAAAAUUCUGACAAAACAUCUGAAAAUUGUUUUAUUUUCUCAAGAAUUUUUGAUACAACAUUGCAAGUGUAUUUUGGGUAGUUUUGAUUUAAAAAAACGCCGACUUAAUGUGUGACAAACACCGGGUUAAGUGUCUCGUCUUGACGGUUCUGUACAGGUUACCCAGCCACUUGUCUGUCUCCAUAUUCUGUUUUCCAAGCUUUAAUUUUUUUUCUAUGACGGUAUUUAAAAGGGAAAUUAUUAGUCAGUCUGUCUUAACAUGGUUAAAAACAAUAAUUGAUUUUUUGCGUAUUAUCAGAAAUGCAGUAAGUAUUUUAGCAGUUUUACAGGCUGUUAAUUUUUUAUAUGUGCAGCAUGGAUUCAAAUUUAAUAGCUGACUGAUGGUGAACAGUUUGAUUUGAUAUUUUGCUCACCUUCGGUCAACUACUAAAUUUGCAUCCAUGCUGCAGGAUAACGUGCGACUAAAUGUGUGCAACGGACGAUAGCUUAGUAUCAGUACAAACUGUUUCACACCUAUUCCCGUUUUCUGUACGUAAUCGAGUUUUGUGAAGUAGGUAUGUUCAAACCUUGGACACAAUAUGUGUGAUCGAAAACAGGGAUUCUUUUUUUUUUCUCGCGGCAUGCGCAACUUCCUUUAGGAUUAUGACUCCGUGCUUUACAAUGUGAGUGAAUAAAUAUUCUGCUUAAGACUCCGUCUAUUUGGUUUUUGCUAGAUCUUAACGCUCUGCGCUUUUCAUUAUAAUUACACCUGGCCAAAUCUGUUGUAAGCGAAAUCCAGAAAACCAAGCGCAGUGUGAUUGUUCUAGUUUUAUCUUCUUAUUGUAGCGAGUCUCAGAUUUAGUUUAGUGUAUUUGCAUGUUUAGUUUGUAUUUUCUGCGGCAGCCCUUCGUUUCUUGGUAAGAUGAAUAAGUAGAGUAAUCGCUCUGUUGUCUCGAGGCGUUUAUAUUCCCUCCUUGCAUUUCUUUUGUGAGAACAACCCUGAACCUUAAACCAGUUUUUUUUCGUCCAUUUUCGUCAAUGAAGCCUGAAGACCUUUUUUUCUAUAACGAUCAUGGGAUCCUAUACGUCUGAAAAUAAUUGCAGCGUUCAAUGAAGGAGCGAAAGUACUGGACAUAUAUAUAUGUACGACAUUAAUGGGCUUGCCUGACUUAGCUUCUGAUGGCUCACCUCUUUUUGCAGAGCUUAUGUUUCUCUUCGGAUGAGAGUUGUGUAACACUUCAACUUACUACAUGUUAACCUUUUCACUGAGUUGCGAAAAUUAUGCCAUUUCUCCAUAGACUCUUACAAUAUAUUUUUACAUACCCAUUGUUUUGGCUACCCAGAUUUAAUUUUUCCCUUAAAAACCUGCCUCCCCUCCUCUCCAAUUCACUUUUAACACGAAGAAAACAAAAAACUUCAAAAAAUUGAAACUUGUAUAUUUGAGGAUGUCAGUACGUUAACGAAGAUUAAUGUAUAGGUAGCCGUAAAAGCCAAAACAUUACCUUGCUGGAUAUUUAAAAACGUACCGAGCGAAAAUUGCAGUCUUUUGACAAGAAAAAGACCAAAAGCAAAAUGAACCCGAAAAUCCCCCUAGAAAAGAACAAGGGAAGGAAAAAUAGAAAGAGUGAGGAGAAAGAGAAUAAAAAGUAAUGGCUGCGCUAUUAGCUGUUAUGUUGACUUCUUUGGAGAAAACUGUUUGAUGGGAGAGCUCUGUUUUGGCUGUAACCUUUCUAAAACUCCAACUACAUAUAUAUUUUUCUUACUCUUGCAGCUAACAGAAAUCUGAUUAAAAAAAGGAAUAUAUUUUUAAAGCCAAUGAUUAAGUAACGGCCUUCAUUUUUCAGAUUUAAAGCUUUACGACUAAAUUUGUUGUAGUUUUACAGGUAAAAGUUCACUCUCUUACUCUGUAAGCCUCCUGUUAUUUGGGGGUUCCUUGAGUGGAGCAUGGGAUUCCUGUGCAAAAGCCAGCCGCGUUUAAUAUUUAUCCUUUUUUAAAAAAUAAACACUUCGUUUUAUCACCGAAAACUAGGUAGCAGUUAUUCUUUCUUCUUUCACUUUUCAAUAAAAGUAACAGACACAUUUUGUGCAUUUUUUGUUUUAACGUAUAAUUUCAAAUAACGUGGGUGCCCUGUGUUUAAAGCUCAAAUCAUUAACGGUUAAUUUUGACAUGUUCCACCGAUAGGAUUUUGGCGGAUUUUUAGUAUGUUGCUAGAUAGGCCACCCUUACUUAAAUAGCGUGAAAACGAUUCUGUCGCAAUUAGUUUGAUGUUGAGCCUCGAAAAUGCCUAGAUUGACUGGACUAUAGUCCUGAAUCAGUCUCCUAUGGCGCCAUUAAAGGUAGACUGUACUAGUGGCCUUGUUAUAGAGCUUCUUUAUUACUUGAAUCAGGUUGGCGUUACUUCUAUCAGUCUCCUAAACGCCCAUAUUGCCACGAAAAGGUUUAUCUUAGUCCAACGGUGGGGAUUUCGUAUAAAUAUGCUAACCCCAUUUACAGCCUUCUCCGAAAAAAAGACGACAACGCAGGACAAAAGCCUUGGGCGGGUGGAGGAGGGAUGGGAGCCCUUAGAUUUGAUUGAGUUAUUAUCUCUGUACAAAAUCGCACAUUUUACGGCAUCAGUACUUAUGGAGCCCUAACCUUGGAAAUUGAAACAUUCUCAGUCUUUCAAUUUUUUAAAGUUUUAAGUAUUGCUCUAUCUACAAGCCUUUGAUACUAUACACUGUAAUUGCUGACACGUGAGUCCAUUAAAUCGAUUGAUGAUCUCUUGGACCUGCCAAAAUUAAAAAGAGAAAAACGUAUGUGCAUUUUGCUUUUCGACGUUGUAUAGUUAACAGCUUACUAAAGACACCACCAUGCAUCAGAUUGUUGAAAAUUUCGAAAGAAACGCAAGGUUUAAGGAUGACAACGAAGCCGAAAUUAUUCGACAGAAACUCGAAAGGCUAGUAUCUAGCAUUCAGGUACAAGUUGCAAAGCGCGACAAACGCUUCCAGAGCACUUUGAUCCAGAUCGGAAGUGUAUACGAAGGGGUAAAAGUUCAACGACCUGACGAAUUUGACUUCAAAGUCAGAAUCGACGGUCUCACUAACAAAUCUCUCCUUUAUCCCUGUGAAAAUAAUCCAGGAUACCUGAGACUCGGUCAGGAUGAUGAGAAAUGGAAAGAAUUUACAGAUGAACAAGGCUUCUUCAACCCUUAUAAAAUAUGCCGCCAUUUCAAACGGCUAGUCAAUGAAUCUUGGAGUACUAUAGACGUCCCCGAAGGAAUGGCCAUACAAGAAGUAGAACAGGGUUACAUCGAAGGACCGUGGGGAGUUGUGUUCACUGGUUUAGUUGGGGGCGAGGGCCGCCCGUCUGAGGUCAUGGACAUAGAAUCGCACGGCCCAGCUACGACAAUAAAAGUUAUAUGGAACGGUGGUGGCAGUUACAGAGGUUUACUUAUAAGUGUUGAUUUGACCCUAGCGCUGGAAUACUCCAUUUCGAAGCUUCCAGUGAGGUUGUCAGACCAGCUUCCACACACUGUAGCCAGUGGGUAUCUCAACAAUGCUGGUUUUCACGUCGUUCCGGCGGGAUUUGACAUGUGGCGCAUUUCGUUCUCCAUUGCGGAGAAAGAUAUCCUGUCCGAUUCUUCAGACGACUUUAAAGCAUGUUACCGAGUAUUAAAGUACGUCAGGGACAGCGCUGCAGACAACCUCGGUUUGGAAACAUCCUUGGUUCCUUCUUACUUGUUUAAGAGCGUCUUGCUAUCUCAGGUUUCUGCCGCGGGUGCGGAGUCCGAGGAUUAUUGGCUGGGAAGGAUAGAAGACAUCUUAAAUGUCGUUUUGCGGGGGAUUAAGCAUGGAGAUAUCCAGAAUUUCUUCCUGUCAGGAUACAAUCUACUGUCCACAACUGACCACAAGAACAAGUUGCGA